AUGUCUCAGUUUGAAAUUUACAAGGGAGGAAAAAAUCCAGAUGAAGCUGCUGUUGCCCAUGGUAUGACUUACAACUUGAUUUUUCGUCUUUUGCGUCAAGCCAACCUCCUUCAUCAAGGUUAUCAUUUAGGUAUUGAUAACUAUUACACUCCUCCACAACUGCUAUUGGAUCUAUAUCUACAUCAAACCACAGCAACAGGAACAGUGAGAGUAAACAGAAAAGGUCUGCCAGAAAUCUGCCUUAAAACAAAAUUGAAAAACGAAGAAGUUUGCCAAUAUAGAAAAGGUCCUUUGUUAUGUGUAGCAUAUCAAGAUGGUAAAAGUAAACCUGUAUUACUGUCUACUGUUGCCAAAGCAGGUUUUACUGAAUUGCGCAACAGAAGAGGUAAUUUAGUUAUGAAGCCAAACGUUGUUGCCCUUUAUAAUCGAACCAUGGGAGGGGUAAAUUUGGGAGAUGCACAGCUCUACGUGUACCUGUCAGAGCGUAAGACAAUAAAGUGGACUACAAAAGUUGCCUUUUCUUUAUUUGGCAGGGCUAUUCUUAACAGCUACUUAUUGUAUAAGCUUAACACUAUUGAACGUAAGCCUAUGUCUAGAAUAAGUUUUAUGAUGGCAGUUGUGGAAAGUUUAGCUGGAGGGUAUCAACCAGUAAAAAUAGUAACAAAAAGACGAACAUCUAGGGAGAUGGAAAUGGCAAGAAGUACAAUUGUACCAUAUCCACUUCCUCAACACACAGCGAUUAACAAUCCUUUAUAUAGACAUAACCUUGUCAAAAUUGGUUCAGGAAAAAAAAUAAAAUGUGUAGCUGGGCACCAAACCCGUGUUCGUACCAGUUGGCAGUGUCAGUCAUGUUGUGUUGGACUGUUUCCUGAAUGCUUUUCAAAUUACCACACAACAGCUAUAAAUUAA